AAUAGGUUCACUGUGUACAUCUUUUUUCAUGUUUUUUUUUUUCCUUUUUUAAAGAUGCUCAAUAAAAAUAACAAAGCUUAGAGAAGGUUAAUUGCUGACUCCCAAACAUCUGGACUAGUUUACUCAUGAAUGAGGCUAUUGCACUCACUCGCUGAAUCAGCGGCAUCCUUGUCAAAACUUGCGGCAGCCCAUUGUCGAGCCAUCAAAUUAGCAAGCAUCAGUGAUACAUACACUGCCACUAACAUCUUAAACGGGUACUCAAAAUGCAGGGAGAUUGGUACUGCUCUCAAGCUGUUCGACGAAAUUCCCCACAAAGAUACUGCGUCUUGGAACAUCAUGGUUUCUGGAUACGUCAAUUCUGGGAAGUUUCAUGGUGCUUGGCUGUUCCUUAAUCUGAUGAAAGAACAUGGCUUUUGCUUAAAUGACUAUACUUUUGGAAGCAUACUAAAGGGUAUUGCUUCUAAUGGCUUCUUGUCCUUUGGCCAACAGGUACAUUGUGAUGUGGUUAAAAUGGGCUAUGUGGGGAAUGUUUAUUCUGCCAGUGCUCUGUUGGACAUGUACGCUAAGUGUGGCAAAGUUGACGAUGCAAACAAAGUGUUCCAACGCAUGCCUGAACGUAAUUAUGUCUCAUGGAAUGCUAUAAUAGCAGGGUAUGCAGGGAAGGGUGAUAUAGAAUAUUGUUUUUGGUUGUUGAGAGGUAUGGAACGAGAGGGUAUGCAACUUGAUGAUGGCACGUUCUCUCCGCUUUUAACAUUGCUUAAUGAGGAAAGGUUUUACAAGUUGACAAUGCAGGUUCAUGCAAAAGUUGAAAAGCUUGGUUUAGGUAGUCAAGUCAAAGUGGUCAAUGCUCUAAUCGCUGCAUAUUCCCAGUGUAGGAGUAUUGAAAGUGCACAAAUUGUUUUUGACUGUGCUAUUAGUUGCAGAGAUUUGGUAACGUGGAAUUCAAUGCUAGCAGCUUAUUUAGAACAUGAUGAGGAGAAGCAGGCAUUUGAACUAUUCUUGGACAUGGAAAGGCUUGGGCUGGAAAUGGAUUCUUAUACUUAUACUAGUAUAAUAAGUGGUUGUUUCGAGGAUAGAUAUAACAGUCAAGGAAAGUGUUUGCAUGCUUUGAUUAUUAAGAGAGGACUGGAAAAUGUAACUAUAAUCUCGAAUGCAUUGAUUUCCAUGUAUGCCAAAUCAUGCACAAACUAUAUGGAUGAUGCACUGUCAGUAUUUGGAAACCUGGAUGUAAAGGAUUCUGUUUCUUGGAAUUCCAUUUUGACCGGACUGUCACAAAAGGGUUGGAGUGAAAUUGCUUUCAAAGUUUUUUCGAAAAUGAGGGUGGAACACCUUGAGAUGGAUGAGUAUUCCUUUUCCGCCACCCUUAGGUCUUGCUCAGAUUUGGCUACUCUUCAAUUCGGUCAACAAAUUCAUGCCUUGGCACUAAAACUGAGCUCCGAGUCAUAUAAGUAUGUUAGCAGUGCUUUGAUACUUAUGUAUUCCAAUUGUGGAAUCAUUGAAGAUGCUUGGAAGUCCUUUGAAGUUUCUCCUAAAGAGAGUUCAAUAUCUUGGAACUCGAUCAUGUUUGCUUAUGCACAACAUGGACAAGGUAAACUUGUUCUUGACCUCUUCUUCCUAAUGAAACAAAGUGAAGUGAAGCUAGACCAUAUAACUUUUGUGGCAGUCUUGACUGCAUGUAGUCACAUUGGUCUCGUUGAAGAAGGUCGCCAUUUUUUCAAAUCUAUGGAGGCUGAUUUUGGAAUUGUUCCAAGAAUGGAACACUAUGCUUGUGCAAUUGAUCUACUUGGGCGGGCUGGACGUCUUGAGGAGGCAAAGGAGCUGGUUAAAGGGAUGCCAUUUGAUCCGGAUGCGAUGGUUUUGAGAACUCUACUCGGUGUCUGUCGGUCAUCUGGUGAUACUGAAUAUGCAAGUGAGGUGGCUAGCCGUUUGCUAGAAUUGGAGCCGGGAGAGCAUAGCACUUAUGUUUUGCUCUCAGACAUGUACCGACAAAUUAAGAAGUGGGAUAAAAUAGCUAAUAUUAAGAGACUGAUGAGGGAAAGGAGUGUCAGUAAGGUACCUGGUUGGAGUUGGAUAGAACUUCAAAACGAGGUACAUGCUUUCAAUGCAGAGGAUCUAUCACAUCCUCGUUGCCGUGAAAUUUAUUCGAAAUUGAGAGAAUUGACGGAUGAAAUCAUGUUCUCUGAAUCUGAAAAUGCUAGUGGUUUAACGGUUUCUAUGGCUGAUCUGGAAUCAGUGGUAUAACAACCGAUACAAAGCGAUGGGGUUCUAGUCACUCAGGCGGGAACUGGUUCUAGUGGUUUUAAUCUUGACAGAAUGAUCACUGGAUAAUUAUGAUCUACUGAAAAAGGUUGACGCAAGGAUGUAGCUGUAGCUGCAUUGCCUAUCUGAAUAAAUUGGAGACCAAGCGGAUACAGAGAAGAUGGCAAAAGACCUGGACGCAAAGGAUCAUCAAGACUUGUGCUCUGUAAAGCAUGCUUAUUUGGUGAUCCAGAUAUAUGAACAAAUUCAGUUAUUGCUUUACAAAGUAGACUUCUUUUUCACUGUAACACAUGAUAUGAUUCGUUUGUAAUUGUCGUUAUAAUAGAGUAAUGGUUAGUGGAACCACCAGCAGAGAAGAAUUUCAGCUGCAUAACCAGUGAAGAGAUAUUUCUCAUGAAGGUUAUCUGCUGCAUAUCUUCUUAUUCUAUCUUCUAUUGAAGUCAUUUUGGACAUUUUGGAUAGAUCACAGCACCUGCACAUGAAUAGCUUGGAAGGAGUCAGCACCAAAUAGCAAAUGGAAUUGCAGCUCAAACAGAAUCUGUGCAAGAAGUAUUGGCAUGCUAUUCUGCAGUAUUGUGAUUCAGAGUGUAAAUGAUUCAAGAAGUUAAAACGUGUUUACAGAUCGACCUAGCUUUGUGAGACAGUUUAAGAUGUGUCGUUUACUGUUAAUAAAUGUGACAUUGUAUUAGUGUUCCAUGCCACAUUUGGUAAAUAAAACCAUAUAUAUUGUCGAGUGCAUGUAUCAAAGCAGUGGCGGAGCCUCCUAUAAGCAAGGGGUGUCAAUUUGACACCCCUUUGCCGAAAAAUUACUAUAUU